CCCCCUCCCCCCCCCCUCUCGCCUCUAUUUUUCUUUUUCUCGGGGUGAGUGAGCUUGUUCAAGAAUCCCUCACUCGCUCACACGCCUUCUCUCUUCCUAUCUUACGCUCCGGCCUCGAGAUCCAUUUCGGCGGCCCUUUGUGAGGAUUUAUCUCAUCCCGAGUCGAUUGUUGAUAUUGCUGGUCUCGUCUCGAGAGUGGUGCGGUCCUGUCAGUCGAGUUCAAGCUCGCCCUUCCUUCGCGAGAGCCUUUGGUCUUCCGUCGCCGUCGCCCUUCGCCCUGCUCAAUGCGUGUGCCUUUUUCAAUACACCUCCUUUGCCCACUGCGAUAAUCACAUAAACCUGGUCUCGAGAUCGUACACCCACACACACAGAGAGAGAGAGAGAGAUGGUGGCUCCCGCCGCUGCUGCGGGUGCCAACUCGACGACGGUCUUGCAGCCGUCAGCGGCUGGCCGUCAGCCCACCCGCUCCGCCAGCACCCAUCCGUCGCAUUCGCACAAUGUGCCCUUGAGCGCUCGUCGCUCGGCGCCACUUGAUCUCUCCUCUGUUGAGAGACGUGGUCAGCCCAAUGCCCCGCGAGAGCCCGGCAAACGCGUUCGCCCGCACGGGAUCCCCGAGGCGCCCACUUUUCGCCCGACCGAGGAGGAGUUCAAGGAUCCGUUAGAGUACAUACGCAAGAUCGCCCCCGAGGGCAGGAAAUAUGGUAUCUGCAGGGUCAUCCCGCCGGACAACUGGCAGCCGCCAUUUGCGAUUGACACAGAGCGAUUCCAUUUCAAAACUCGCCGUCAGGAGCUCAACUCGGUCGAAGGAGGUAUGCCCCCGCGUUCAGCUGCGUUUGCUGCCGGUGGAGCUCCGCAGCCUAGUUCUGACCCGGAACCAGGAACCCGUGCAAACUUGAACUACCUCGACCAGCUUGCCAAGUUUCACAAACAGCAUGGCACUAGUCUCAACCGUUUUCCCAGCGUCGACAAGCGCCCGCUGGAUCUCUACAAGCUGAAGAAGGCCGUCGAGGUCCGCGGAGGUUUCGAUAACGUCUGCAAGAUGAAGAAGUGGGCGGAGAUCGGCCGCGAUCUCGGCUACAGCGGCAAGAUCAUGUCCUCGCUGUCCACCUCGCUCAAGAACUCCUACCAGCGCUGGCUCCAGCCCUACGAGGAAUACCUGCGCGUCGCGAAGCCCGGCGUCCAGCAGCAGCUCGAGCUAGAACAUGGUGGUCCCUAUACCCCGUCACCGAACCAUUCGCCUCUGCCCAAGAAGCCCACCCCCAGCACCAAUCCCACCCCCUCGACCACCAACCAGGGGUCUCCAGCCCUCAAGGCGGCCACCCCAAUGGAGGUCGACCCCACCCCGGAUAACGCAACGCCACCCGUGGAAACCACCCCAGUUCCCCCGCGGCCGACAGCUGCCGGUGGAUUCACUGCGGUCAAUGCCAAUCCUGGUGGGUUUACGGCAGUCAACCGCUCGCCCUCCUUCGCCCCCGCCACCAGUGCACCAGUGGUCAAACGGGAAAUCGAACCCGAGUCCCUUACCCCCAAGAGCAUUGCAGACCAUACUGGAGCUUCCACCCCGGCUCCAAACGGCCUCGGACCGUCCUCUAUGAAACGGGCCAUUAGCCACGAGAGCGCAACUGGUGGCUCGCAGACAGAGAACGGCGACAACGACGGCGGGAGCGGGCGACGGAGCAAGCGUCUCAAGAAAGGUACACUUGCCCAACGACUCACCAAUCGGAUUCUAGAUGCACUGCCCCCUCCGACUGUUGCUGGGUCUCAUAUGAGUUUGCUUCGCCCUGCCCCGCCAAGGGGGCUGAAGAAUGGCAGUCGACGGACCGGUGAGAAAUGCGAAACGUGCGGCAGAAAUGAUGAUCAUUCGUCUAUCCUCGUCUGCGAUAGCUGUGAGAACGGCUAUCACAGGCAUUGUUUAGACCCCCCACUGUCGACGACGCCGGGAUACGAUUGGCAUUGUCCCAAGUGCCUUGUAGGCACGGGAGAAUUCGGGUUUGAAGAAGGCGGAGUCUACUCGCUAAAGCAGUUCCAGGAGAAGGCAAAUAACUUCAAGAAGAAUUACUUUGCGUCAAAGAUGCCAUUUGAUCCUGUUCUCAACACCCACCGACGUGAGUCCGAGGACGAUGUCGAGCGAGAAUUCUGGAGACUCGUGGAGAACUUGACGGAAACCGUCGAGGUCGAAUACGGGGCCGACAUCCAUUCCACCACCCACGGCAGUGGGUUUCCCACCGUUGAACGCAAUCCUUUGAACCCGUACUCGGUUGACCCCUGGAAUCUCAAUGUUCUCCCCUUUCACGGCGAGUCCCUCUUCCGUCACACCAAAUCCGACAUCUCCGGGAUGACAGUGCCCUGGGUCUACGUUGGCAUGUGCUUCUCCACCUUUUGCUGGCACAACGAAGAUCAUUACGCCUAUUCGGCCAACUACCAACAUUUUGGUGCCACCAAGACGUGGUAUGGAAUCCCCGGAUCUGAUGCAGAGGCGUUCGAGGAGGCAAUGCGUCAGGCUGUCCCGGAACUCUUCGAGAGCCAGCCCGAUCUUCUCUUCCAACUGGUGACCUUGAUGCCUCCGGACCAACUCCGCAAGGCCGGGGUCAAUGUCUACGCGCUUGACCAGCGAGCCGGUCAAUUUGUCAUCACCUUCCCUCAAGGAUACCACGCCGGCUUCAAUCACGGCUUCAACUUCAACGAGGCGGUCAACUUCGCGCCCGUGGAUUGGGAACCCUUUGGUGCAGCCGGUGUCGAGCGUCUGCAAGCGUUCAGACGACAUCCAUGCUUUUCUCACGACGAGCUCCUGUUGACGGCUGCGAUCCGCGAUACCUCCAUCAAAACCGCCAAGUGGCUGGCUCCGGCCCUAGAACGUCUAGCCAACCGCGAAUUGGCGGAGCGUACCGCAUGGGUGACUCGGCACAAACAGAUCAAUCCGCACCGCUGCAAGUUUGACUCCGACGCCGCCGAGGCCGGCGACUGCCAGGUCAAAUUUAUAAUCGAGGAAGAUGAUUUGCCCGAAGAGGACUAUCAGUGUCAGUACUGCAAAGCGUUCACCUAUCUGACCCAGUCCCGGUGCCACAAGACCGGAAAGACGGUCUGUCUCAAGCAUGUGGAGGCUUACGACUGUUGCGGGGAGCCGUUGGGCCAACGACUGCUCGGUCCGAACCACACGUUCCGCUGCCGCAUGAGCGACGACUCGCUCAAGACUCUAGUGCAGAAAGUCCGAGACCGCGCCCGGAUUCCCGAAGUAUGGGAGGAAAAGCUCGACAAGACCCUGGACGAGGAACCCAAGCCGCAGUUGAAGGUCCUUCAUAACCUGCUCAGUGAAGGUGAGAAAAUCCCAUACCAUCUGCCUGGUCUCCAUGAUCUCGCGGCCUUCGUCCAGCGCUGCGACAAGUGGGUUGAGGAAGCAAACAACUACAUCACCCGGAAGCAGCAGAAUCGCAGAAAAAACGAGAAAGCUUGGCGCAAGGGCAAUUCCAAGGCCGCGCAGCUGGAAGAACGGGACCGCGAAGUCCGCAGAGUAGAAAACCUGUACGCCCUUCUUGCAGAGGCUGAUAAACUGUCCUUCGACUGUCCACAGAUGGCGGCUCUGGAAGAGAAAACCCGCGAGAUCAAGAAAUUCCGCCAGGACGUUAACGCUGCGCUCAUAAACCCGCAUAUCCGAUCGGUCCAGGAGGUCGAGGAGCUUGUCGAAUCCGGUCGGAACUUCAACGUGGAUAUCCCCGAGGUGAGCGGCCUGGAGCACAUCCUGCGACAGAUGAAAUGGAACGACGAGGCGCGCCGCAAGCGUGAUCAGUACCUCACCCUCAAGGAAUGCCAGGAGCUGAUCCUCGCCGGCGAACAACUGGGACUUGGCGAAACCAACGACCAUCUGAUGCAUUUCAAGGACCUCUCUCGUCACGGUGAGACGUGGGAAGCCAAAGCCAAGGAAUUAAUGUCUGUAGAAGCCGUUCACUACCAGCAGCUCGAAGCCCUCUCCGCCCAGGCCUCUCGCUUCCCGGUCUCCCCGGACACGCUCGCCGCCGUAGAUGCGAUCUUGACCAAGCAGCGCGAAGCGCAGAAGCGUAUCCAGAGCCUGUACGAGCGCAGCAAGGAUUCGGAUUUCCGUCAGCGCCCCAAGUAUCGUGAGAUCCGGGAGCUAAUGGAGUCGUUGGAAGAGCUGAACAGCCGACCUACGGGAGCAAUCGACCUGGAACGUGAGCAGAAACGUCACGAAGACUGGAUGCGCAAGGGCAAGAAGUUGUUUGGCAAGGCAAACGCCCCGCUGCAUAUCUUAAAAUCUCACAUGGAGUAUGUGGAAAAGCGGAAUUCCUUCUGCUUCGACCUGGAAGAUCGAUGUCGGCCGCCGGUCGAGCCCGCCUCGCGCGACAACAGCCCGGACGGCCUGCUCGAGCCCUCAACCACGAACAGCAUGUGGGGACGAAAGUCUCGGGUGCGAGAUGUCUUUUGCAUCUGCCGACAGUCAGAAGCAGGCAUGAUGAUCGAAUGUGAAGUCUGUCAUGAAUGGUACCACGGCAAAUGCUUGAAGAUUGCCCGUGGCAAGGUCAAGGAAUUCGAUAAAUACACCUGCCCGAUCUGUGACUGGCGCCGCAAGAUCCCCCGGGAUGCAGCUCGUCCCAAGCUUGAGGAUCUCCUGGAGUGGCAGGCAGAGAUUGCAUCGCUACCGUUCCAACCGGACGAGGAGGAAAUCCUAGACAACAUCAUCAACCAGGCCACCGCCUUCCGAGACUUUCUGCAGAGCUUCACCAAUGCCGCCUGCACCACAACCGAGGAGGUGCCCACUCUCCUCUUCUAUCUUCGCAAGAUUGAGGGUGCCGAGGUCCUUCUGGCCUACGAAACAAACUUGUUCCGACAGGAGAUUCACAAAUGGGCCCCCGUUGCCCCCGAGCCGCCGCCGAUCCUGGAGCAGUCCCUUUCUACCCGCAAGCCGCGGCCCACGAAGCAGCAGAAGAUCAUGGCGCAGCUCGGCGUGGACCGUCCAGAGGAUCUGCCUCCGCAUCUACGAACCAAACAGCCCAGCCUGACGAAGCGGAAGUCUCUGGACUCCCAGACAGCCCGACCGACAAACCUUCUCCAGCCGGCCACCCCAACAACCGCUGCUGCCACCAUCAAUACCACCAGUACCACCACCCCUGGUGGCGAGAGCCGCCAUUCCGAAGCAGCCAGCAGUGUCGGUGGUGGUCCGACGUUGACAUUGACCGACGCACCGACGGAGUCGUAUCCGUUCUCGGCUAACUUCUCCCUGGCGUCCAACGACUCGACGCCCGCCUUUGCCCCGGCGGUGGGCUCCUCGUCAGCCUUCCUGCCUCACCUGGCUGCGCGCUCGCCCAGUCCUGCUCCGCAUCAGGGGUUAGAUCCGGCGAUGUUCAGUCCGCCUCGCUUCAACCGCGACAGCCAUGAUGAGGGCCCUGCCCCCGUGGGCGUCGACAGCGCCAACCCGUUCGGCAGCAGUCCACGGCAGAGUCUGGAUGAUGUAUUCGCGGAUCUUACGAAUCAGGAUGUGGUGGAGCCGGAAUCGGAGUCCAUGCAAGAGCCUGAGCCCGACAUCAUGGAGAACACGCACGUCAACGAAGCUCUAGAGGUCCUUGACGCGAGCAACGGGGACCAUUCCGACUCUGCAUCACACGACGAAUUUUCCGGCAGUGCAAUGAACGGGCUGUCCAAUGAACCGUCAGUCAACAUAGUUGACAGCGGUGGGGACUUUUGA